AUGGGGAGUGUGUCCCUGUUGAUACUCCUGGACAUCGUGGCAGCUUUCAGUACCAUCAACCAUAGUAUCCUGGAGCAGCUAGCCAAGCUGGGAGUCAAGACGGGGCCCCAAAGAGCAACUCCGAGCUCUGAGAGGUUGCAGGGUGAGGAAGGGCAGCCACCGCAGGGGAAGGGAUUCCCAAGUCUCUUCAGUCCCGGCCCUCCUUCGCACCUCGGUCUAGCACCGCCCUGGGGAACUCCUCCUCCUCUUGGGGGCUUGGUGCCCCACCGCUGGGCUUUCCUUGUCUCCCAUGGCACGGCAGUCCUCACUAGCCUCCCUUCCUCCAUCCCUGCAGAGGUGGGCUGCAGAGCCCAGCGGCUAGCUCGCAGCGGCAUCUCGCUGGUGGUCCUGGGCCACUUGGCCUUGGUGCUGGGGGCCAUCGUCCACAGCUCCCUCCUGCACCACGUGGCCCAGCCUGCGCACACCAUCCCCUCGGAGUACGCCGUGGCUAAUGUCAUUGCGGUGGCUUCUGGGGUCUUGAGCAUUACUGCCGGCGUCCUGGCGAUCCUGGUGUUCCGGAGCUUCUCCCACCGUUACCUGCCUUGGAUCCUGGUUUUUAUCGCCCUGGCAAAUGUCCUGAUCUCAGGAGCCUGCUGCGUGGGACUAGCACUUGCCAUCUCCCUCACUGUUGUCAACGGUGGCCAUCAUCUCUUUACCGGUUGCAACAGUUCUGCCCUUCCAGCUGAUGUCCACACUGUGAUAACGAACGAGUGCCCAUUUGACACUACCUGCAUCUAUGACACAGCACUGGUCCUCUGGCUUCCUUCCUUGUUGAUGGCAGCAGUGGAAGCCGGUUUGUCUGCCUGGAGUUGCACAGUCUCCCUCUCUCUCUGUGGAACUGGCCCCUCUUCAGCCGCCUACAAAGUGGCCCUGCUUCAGCAGAUGAGCAUGGCAAAAAAGCUGCAAAGAGUGGGGUGUUUUCAGAAUUUAGUAGCUGCAGGAUGA